AUGUCGAUACCACAAGGAAAAAUAUCUCUCAAAAACAACAAUGUCGUUGAUACGUUUGAGGUGGAAGAGAGCAUGGCAAUGGAGUUGCAGACAAUAAAGAACAUGAUCGAAGACAACUACACCAACAGUGUGAUCCCAUUGCACAAUGUCACAAGUGACAUUCUUGAACUUGUCAUCGAGGACUGCAAGAAGCAUGUGGAGGCUGCUGAGUCCGAGUCUGAACCUUCUUGUUCUUUGGCUUCCAAGCUCAUCGACAAUCCACUCAAGGCCUGGGAUGUCAAGUUCAUCAAGGUCCACCAAGAAACACUCUUCAACCUGAUUCUGGCGGCCAACUAUCUGGAUAUCAACGGGCUGUUGGAUUUGACCUGCCAAGCAGUGGCAGAUAUGAUGGAGGGAAACACUAUAGAUCAGAUACAUAAGAUUUUCCACAUUGAGAAUGAUUUCACUCAAGAAUAAGAAGAUGAAGUUUUGAAGCAGAACCGGUGGGCAUUUGAAAAUAAGGAAUGUUUUUAUUUUCUUUGCUAAGAAAUAGGAACGUCGAUGCAAUGAUUGGAUUCAGCGUUUGGUAUUAUUAGGUAU